CUCUCCAAUUUUCUCUCCAAUGAACCAAACGGCAUCAACCCCAAUGUUCUCAAUUCUCCUAGAUUGGUUUGUCAACGACCCAAAAAUCCUUCAUUUUUCAUGGAUUGAAGGCCAAACUCCAGCAUCAUCCCCACAAUUUCUCACCCUCACUGUUGUCUCUUAUCUCUCCAUCACCCUUUUCCUCUCCCAAAACCACCCCAUCUCCAUUGCACGUCCCCUCCUCCGACGAAUCACCGUCGUCCAUAACCUCAUCCUCAUCAACCUCUCGCUAAUCAUGGCCAUUGGUUGCCUCCUCUCCAUAUUCUUCCAUGCCCCGAACAUACACUACGUGUUAUGUUAUCCGAAAAAUGUCGAGCCAAAAGGCCCUCUCUUCUUCUGGGCCUACGUUUUCUACCUCUCGAAGAUUUAUGAAUACGUCGAUACGUUUCUGAUCGUCGUGAGUAAAUCGAUGAAACGCCUCUCGUUUCUUCACGUCUACCACCAUGCUACGGUUUUGAUAAUGUGUUACAUUGGGUUGCAUACAUCGCAAUCUUCCUUUCCGGUGGUACUCGUUACGAAUUGUGUGGUGCAUGUGUUCAUGUACUACUAUUAUUUACUAUGCGCGAUUGGAAAACGUCCAAAGUGGAAAAGAUUAGUCACUGACAUCCAGAUUUUGCAGUUUAUGUCGAGCUUUAUAAACAUGCUCAUCGUAUUCUUCUUCCAUUUCACCGGAUCAGGUUGCUCCGGCAUCUGGGGUUAUUGCUUCAGUAUGGCUUUCAUUAGCACUCUUUUGGUUUUAUUCAUUGAUUUUCACUCAAAAAAUUAUAACGCCAAGAAGGAUGUAUAAGCGAUGAUCGAUCCAUGAAGAGUAUCUGGAGGGGAUUUUUAACUAAUUUCUUCUGUGUUCUUCAUUUAUGAUAAUUAAUAUUUUUAUGCUAGUAGAAAUUAAGCAG